CAGAAACAACCAAUGGUGGUCUUUGUAUGUUUUCUCCGCCUUUAACGUUUUUUUUCUCUCUGAUAGUAUAAAGUUAUAUUACAGCUUGAACUUUGCUGGUACUGCUCACUUCACCCUGAUUUCUCCACACCAGACAGAGCAGUGCACAGCUUUACAGAUUUCUAUUUCCAACAUACAGUAGCCAUGGCUGGAAAAGUUGUGCUGUACUACUUCAAUGGGAGAGGGAAAAUGGAGGCAAUCCGCUGGCUUUUAACAGUUGCAGAAGUGGAGUUUGACGAGGUGCACCUGACAACCCGUGAGCAAUAUCAAAAACUCCUGAGUGAUGGAGCGCUCAUGUUUCAGCAGGUUCCUAUGGUGGAAAUGGACGGUAUGAAACUUGUUCAGACAAAGGCAAUCUUGAAUUACAUUGCAGAGAAGUACAAUCUCCAUGGAAAAGAUCAUGAAGAACGUGUCAGGAUCAACAUGUACUCAGAGGGACUGAUGGAUCUCAUGGAAAUGAUAAUGAUGUUGCCAUUCACUGCAGAUCCAAAACCAAAACUGGAUAAUAUUCAAACUAAAGCAAAAGAGCGCUACCUGCCUGUGUUUGAAAAGGCACUGAAUGGGCCUGUGUACCUGGUAGGAGGUAAACUAAGCUGUGCAGAUGUGCAGCUACUUGAAUGCACCCUGAUGCUGGAGGAGAAAUUUCCUGGAAUCCUCUCUGAGUUUCCCAACAUCAAGUCUUUCCAGGGUAGGAUGACUCAGAUUCCCGCCAUCAGCAGGUUCCUGCAGCCAGGCAGCAAGAGGAAGCCACAGCCGGAUGAAAACUACGUGAAGACAGUCAUGGAGGUGUUCAACAUCAAACAACUAUUUCCAUGAACACUGUAAAAGAUCUGGUACGCUUCUCACAUAGGCAGUAUGAAUGCUUCAUUAUACAAGCACAGCAUGUGCAACGCAUACAACAGUCAAUGUUUGCUGUUUGCUGAAUAUUGCACUAACAAUGAAAAUCAAACAAAUCUACUUUGCAUAACAGGAAUUUGUGUAAUCCUGUAUGGUGUUUUUAAUGUGAAGAGUCUGCUAAAUAAAUUUGUUAUUUUCGAGGAA